CUGUAAGUCGCCCUGGAUAAGGGCGUCUGCUAAGAAAUAAUAAUAAUAAUAGUUAUGUAGGGGUGCUAGAUUCUGUUUAAUUUAAUACAUGUUUAAACUUUUAAAAAUAUAUAGUUUAAACGUUAAAAAAAACAUUUUGAAAAGACGCUGUGUAAGGGGGAUAGUAUGCGUCCCCCUCGAUGUGCGGUCUCGACAGCAGGAGAAAAUCGGAAGUCGGCCAUCUUGGGGGAAGUGCGUAGUUGCAAGGGCUCUGAGCAUUUUAUAUAAAUUAGCUUUCUAUAAAUUACUGCAUACAUAUCUAUAAACAGGUCUUUUACAUCGGCUUUUCUACUCUCCUUAAAUUCAAUUGAUACGUGUUAAUCCAUUCGUGUAUCUCAAUCACAACUGAGAAACGCGUUAAUAGUAAAAUAGGUUUAAUUUACGUUUUUUUUUUCUUCUGUGAAACGACUAAAUGGGCUUUUAAAUGGUAAGUCUUACUUUUUCAUUUAAAUGCUGAAGCAACUUAAUGCAGUAAUACAAAUACAGUUACUCGUCGUAAUGAUUGUAAUAGUGUGUCCAGCAAAACGCUUUAUUUUUAAUUACAGCUUUAAUAAAGAUUAGUUGCUUAUUAACAUGUUGCAAUCUCGUUUGUACAUUAUGCUUGUACCUGAAAAAUGAAAGCUUGGCCUGUUUAAAAGCCCAUUAAGUUGUUUGACAGAAAAAAAUAACUAAAUUAAAUCAAAUAAAUUUGUACAAUAUCCUGUUAAUUCAAAGAAUCAAUGUUCCUUUUAAAAAAAAAAAAAAUUUACUAAUAGCAAUAGUUUGUACUUAUCUGACUGGCAGCAGUAAAAAAGAAAAAGACUAAAAAAUAAACAUAAAAUUGAAGCAAUCUGCUGUUUAAAAAAAAAAAAAAAAAAAACUACAGUCUUCUGUAAUCUUGCUCAACAAAAGACAUUAAAAGUUGAAUUCGGUAUCCUCCAAAAUUGAAAUUGGUUGCAUGUCAUUUGCGAUCGUCUCAAUAACACCGUGUAACAAUUUUUUUUUUGUUGUUGUUCCUGGGUAGCAAGUGUUUUUUCCUAAUUGCUUAUGCCUCAAAAGUAUAGAAAAUGGCUCUUAUUCCCCACAAACUUUGCUUUUGUGACCAGGACAGUGAUAUUUUGAAAUUUACCUAUUUUCCAGAACAUUCCAGAUAGAUUCAGUGCUGAGUAAACUUGGAGUAACUUCUAGAACUUUCUAGAACUUUCCAGUAAUAUAAAUAGUAGUAUAAAUACAGGGGCCUUAAGCCCACCAGUUCAGUUUAGUUCCAGCUGCCUAAGUGGAUACAUAUCUGCAUUUUUCUGAGAUGGCAUCAAGAGGCUGCAAGCAUCCGGCAGACGCAUUUUGCUAUGUCUGCGGCCAAUUUAUCAAGACAAGAGCGAAAAAGUACUCCGUGGAAGCAUCUGCUAAGAUGUGUGAGGCCUACAAGGCAUAUUUCGGCAUGCCUGUCGGGGAUCAAGACAAACCCUGGGCACCUCAUUUCACCUGCGAGCACUGCAAAAAAACUCUGGAAGGAUGGUACAGAGGGGAAAAGAGAGCCAUGAAGUUCGCUAUCCCAAGAAUUUGGCGGGAACCCACUGACCACUCAAGCAACUGCUACUUCUGCAUGGUGGACCCUUCCAAGCGGACCGGGUUCUCUGUGGGGAGGAACAACGUCAAGUGGGAGCCACUGGUGGACCCCCGGAAGGUGCUGAUGCCACCACUGCACAUCAAAUUGGGCCUUAUGAAACAAUUUGUCAGAGCUCUAGAUAAGGAAUCGGCAGCCUUCAAGUACCUUCAAGACUUCUUCCCUAAGUUGUCUGAGGCAAAGGUCAAAGCCGGUGUCUUCGUCGGACCACAGAUAAAGAAGAUCCUGGAGUGCAAUGAAUUCCCCAAGAAGCUCACUAGUAAGGAGAAAGCGGCUUGGAACAGCUUUGUCGCAGUGGUUCAGGGCUUCCUGGGCAAUCACAAGGCCCAAAACUAUGUGGAGCUGGUUGAGACUCUGGUGAAGAACUACGGCACAAUGGGCUGUAGGAUGUCCCUCAAAGUCCAUAUCCUUGAUGCUCAUCUUGAUAAAUUCAAGGAGAACAUGGGAGCGUACUCGGAGGAGCAAGGCGAGCGCUUCCACCAGGAUAUGCUGGACUUUGAACGCCGCAACCAAGGACAGUAUAACGAGAACAUGAUGGGAGACUACAUUUGGGGGCUGAUUCGUGAAAGUGAUUUACAGUAUAAUCGUAAAUCUCGAAAAACUACUCACUUCUAAAUCUUUUGUAGUCAUUUUUGUAUUACUUUAGUAUAAAUACAUGUUAAUUUGGAUUCAUAUGUUGUUUUUUUCUGAAUUUAUGUGAAUGAAAAUUCGCCCGUUUUUUCAUUGGAAAUAGGUAAAUUUCAAAAUAUCACUGUCCUGGUCACAAAAGCAAAGUUUGUGGGGAAUAAUGGCCAUUUUCUAUACUUUUGAGGCAUAAGCAAUUAGGAAAUAACACUUACUACCCAGGAACAAAAAUUGUGUUACAUAGUGAAUCAGCGUGUUAUGUUUUCAGCCCGAAUUCUAUCGCAUUUCGCUUGCAUGUCUGGGCCCCACCUCCUGCAUGCUAGAUCCAGCUUCAUAGAAGCAGACUAGUCACGUGAUCAAAAGCAAUGACAAUGAUGCCACGUGACACAGGUAGGAAGUAAUACAAAAAACAAAACAAAACCGGUAGCUGUUACUUGCAGACACACGCUUCUUAAUAUUUGAUCUGCACGUUUUUGACAAAGUUUAAACGAUUAGCAAAAUUAAAAACAUUGGACACUUUACGUUUAAACUCUAAACGAUUUACACCCCUACUGGCAAGAGACUUGCGCCACAACAGCAAACAACAUAAAACACAAUAAAUAAGUAAAAAAAAAUAAAAUAAAAUCCUUUACCGAUAGUAGCUGCUAGGUUGCAGUCUGUCUGGCAGCAGUGUUGUCUGGGAAGAAUUAACUCAUUGGCUUGUCGGUUUUAGACCUGUUAUAUAUUUUUUUAAUAUAUGUACAUUUUUUAGAUGAAAAUGAAAUGUCAAUUGCAAAAUUUUGUAAAAUGCCUACAGCAACGGUAAUCGGUUAAAUACCAAGACCAGAGGAGGGUUUUCAAGACCGCUGUAGUACUGUUAAUACGAGUGUCCAUUUUGCUUAUAUAUAACAUAUUUUUUUUUUUCAUUUAUUCUUCGUUACAGUAACAUUAAUGUAAUAGAAAAAAAAACACAUUUGAAUUAUUAAAAUAAACCAGCUGUAUAGUGUAGCAGCAAACAAUGAACAGCAUUUAACUUUUUUCUUUUUUUAUAUAUCUGAAUUGUUGUUGCAGUUAUUAUUAUUGUUAAUGGAUGUGAAAGGUUAAUGCAGAAAUUAGAUACAUGUAGAGAGAGACAAGCACACUUUUGAAAAGGAAGAUCAAAGCUAAUUCUGUCAUGUUGUUCCUUGUUGUUCUUCUGACAGCCUCUUGUGAAAAAUUAGGAUGAUCAAAUUCCACGCCUUUUUUUUAACCCCUCUGGGCAGUGUUGGUCAAAUAUUUCUGGAAUCAUUAUAGAAGAUGGUGCCAAUCAUAUUGUUGUUGAUAAAUCAUAUCAGAUAUUUGCUUGAUCUGAUUUCAGGGGCGUGGAUUAGUGUGCGUUGGCUUCUAGUUUAGUUUUAGUGUAUUAUUAUUUAUUUCUUAGCAGACGCCCUUAUCCAGGGCGACUUACAAUUGUUACAAGAUAUCACAUUAUUUUUACGU